GUUUAGUAACACUUCGAACGUUUGUCGAUCUCCAUGUAGGGAGAGUAUACGACGAUCGUAUUGCGUACCCACUAGUCUUCUACAUAAAUAAAAUCUAUCUGUAAUCAGUGUAUGUUACGAGUGCUUAACGUCGAGUUGUUGUUAAACAAACGGUAGUGCUCUACUCCUACCAACAAAUUUUCUGAUGUUUUACCAUCAGAAAAGAAAAAAAGUACUAUUAUAAUUUUUUUGAAUUUUAACAAGAAAAAAACACAAAAUCUUCGAAAGAAACGGAAAACAAAGUAGUGCGUGUUCCAGUGUCGUUUUACUAUAAAAAGUUGUUGUUGUUCGUGGCGGAUACGCGUUAGUUUUGCGGAAUAUGUUGCCAUUACCCAGAGGCCUUUUGGGUCUCUCGGGUUUGUGUGCCCCUAAGAGGCAUGGUCUACUGUUGCCAACAGUAGUUGUAAUUCUUUUUACUUUUGCUCUAUUUGGAAAUAUUGCUGAUGCUAAGCAACCCGAUCAAAAGUGUAAUGGUGUUGUGUGCGAUUGUAAAGGUUUGAAGGGCCGACCAGGUGAUAUUGGUGUACCCGGUUUUCAAGGUUAUGAAGGUCCAGCUGGUGAAUUUGGUCCAAUGGGUCCACCCGGUCGUCCUGGCGAAUGGGGUGAUCCUGGUGAGUACGGUGGUCCAGGUGAAAAAGGUCAUCGUGGUGACCCUGGUUUAGCUGGCUUACCUGGAGCUCCUGGUCCUCGUGGUCGUCAAGGUGAAGACGGUCCACAAGGUCCUCGUGGUAUUGAUGGUUGUGAUGGUAAGACUGGUCAGCAAGGUGCUCCCGGUGUCCCCGGUAGACAUGGUGGUCGCGGUGAAGUUGGUAAACCUGGUCCCCCAGGUCCCACUGGUGAUGCCGGUGAAGGUGGUAUUAACUCCAAGGGAACCAAAGGUAGUCGUGGUGAUCGUGGUACUGAUGGCUACGAUGGUCAACAAGGUUAUCAAGGCAUGAAGGGUUAUAAGGGUGACACCGGUUUCCCUGGUUUAGAAGGUGCAAAAGGUGAAUCUGGCCCCAAGGGUUACAAGGGUGAAAUGGCUGAACCGGCCGAUUUACAAUUGCAAGAACAAGGUCAACAAGGUGAUAAGGGUGAACCAGCUGAUGCCGAAGAGGGUGAAUGGAAUCCAACACCAGUUAUUAAGGGUGAAAAAGGUGAAAAAGGUAUACGAGGAGAUGCCGGUAUUCGCGGUCCUCAGGGUGAAAUUGGUGAACUUGGUCGUCAAGGUUUGCCCGGUAUUCGUGGUGAUACUGGUGAAGCUGGUGAACGUGGUAAACCCGGUAAACCUGGUGAUCCUGGUUUUCCUGGUGCUAAAGGUGUUAAAGGUGCUCCUGGUUACAACGGUAGAGAUGGUGAAGAUGGACUUCCUGGUCAACUUGGUGAUGAUGGUUACAACGGUAUUCCCGGUGUACAAGGUCCUCCUGGUCCACCCGGUAUCUACGAUCCCAAUUUAGAUAUUUCAUUACCCGGUCCUAUUGGUCCCCAAGGUGAUAUUGGUGAACCUGGUUUGCCCGGUUUGUCAGGUAUACCCGGUCGUCCUGGUCGUCAGGGUCCCCGUGGUCCAACUGGCCCUCCUGGUGAUGCUGGUUUGGAUGGUCUACCUGGUCGUCGUGGUGCCAGUAUAAAGGGUGACGAUGGUGAUUUUGGUUUAAUGGGUCCCCCUGGUCCUAUGGGACCUCCUGGAAAACCUGGUCCAAUUGGUCGUGUUGGUGAACCUGGUAAUCCCGGUAAAAAUGUACUUGGUCCCAAAGGUUUUGCUGGUCAACCUGGCAUUCCCGGCCUUGAUGGUUAUCGUGGUGACCGUGGUGAUAUGGGUUUACCUGGUGAGAAAGGUUUACCUGGUUUAGGUGUUGACAAAGUUGGUCCCCCCGGUCCAGAUGGUAUGCCCGGUCCUCGCGGUCAACCUGGUGUUGACGGUAUUCCUGGUUAUCGUGGUAUGCCCGGUGACAAAGGUAUUCGUGGUGAUGACUGUGGAAUUUGCCCUGCUGGUCCAAAAGGCAUUCCUGGUAUUCGUGGUGAUGCUGGUUAUCCUGGAGCUCAUGGAGCUAGAGGUCUUUCGGGUAUUACUGGAGAACGUGGUUUCAAGGGUUUGCCUGGUCGUCCUGGUCUAGUUGGUUUCAAAGGUAUUCGUGGUACCGAUGGUAUUCCUGGUGAAUCCGGUCAGCCUGGUCUCCCCGGUAGACCUGGUCAAGUUUUACGAACUGGUAACAAACGUAUAGCAGAAACUGGCGAUGUUGGUGAUAUGGGCGAACGUGGUAUGCAAGGAGAAACUGGUGACCGUGGUGCUAAAGGUAUAGAUGGACUUCGUGGUUUUAAGGGUGAAACUGGUUUGCGUGGUGAAUAUGGUGAUGCUGGUUAUCCCGGUAGGGAUGGUGCUCCUGGUAGACACGGUAAAGAUGGAAGACCUGGUCGUGAUUUUACUACUCCUAAAAUUUAUCUUAUUGGUGAUCCCGGUUACGAUGGUCGCAAAGGUGAAAUGGGUGAGCCUGGUGAUGUGGGUCCUAAAGGUGAAAAAGGUGAACCUAAGCCUGGAGAAAUUUAUGAGAAUAAAGGUCAACAUGGUGACAAAGGUUAUCCUGGUGAACCUGGCCCACCUGGUCCAAAGGGUGAAGCUGGUACUAAGGGUGCUGAAGGCGCUCGCGGUGAUGUUGGUUUUCCUGGAGACACAAUUACUGGUCCUCCCGGUUUCAAGGGUUGGCCUGGUAUUAUUGGUGAUAUUGGUUUACAUGGCUCUCCUGGUUUACCAGGUCGCAAUGGAGCUCCCGGUAUCGAUGGACUCAGCGGUAGUAAAGGUGUUCGUGGUGAUCCCGGUCCAAACGUUUUGGCUGGUGAAAUCGGUCCCGACGGUCUUCCUGGUCCAGCUGGUAUCACUGGUGAUAUUGGUUUUAAUGGAUUCCCCGGUCCUUCUGGCAAACCUGGUGUUAAAGGCGUUAAAGGUACUAAGGGUGACAAUGGUCCCUUCGGUCUACAAGGUCUGCCUGGUAACAAGGGUAUGCGUGGUGAUACUUUAAUGGGCAGACCUGGUAUGGCUGGUGCUCCUGGUCGCGACGGUCGUGUUGCUCCUCAUGGCCGCAAGGGUCAAAAGGGUGAAACUGGCUACCCCGGUCCUGAUGGUGUACAAGGUGCCAAAGGUAAUAUUGGUUAUACUGGUCGUCGUGGUCCCGUUGGUGACAAAGGUUUCGCUGGUGUUCCUGGUCUUAUGGGUAUGCAAGGUAUUGUUGGUAUUCCUGGCGUACAAGGUGAUCGUGGUGAUCUUGGUGAAGAUGGUCGUCAUGGCGAUAUGGGUCCAAGAGGUGCUAUCGGUAACAUGGGUCCUAAAGGUCAAAGUGGUGAUAUUGGUGGUUUCGGUCGUCCUGGUUUUGACGGUGUGCCCGGCCGUAAAGGUCAACUUGGUGAUAAAGGUUUCAUGGGUCCCGUUGGUCCUAAGGGUUUUGCAUCUCGCAGCGGUAUUAAAGGUGAAGCUGGAGAUAUGGGAUACACAGGUCCUCGUGGUUAUGAUGGUUUGCCUGGUGAAAAGGGUAUUCAGGGUCUUCCUGGUGAUGAAGCUUACGGCAACGAUGGUUUACCAGGAAGAAAAGGAGAAACUGGAGCACCUGGUAUUCCCGGUCUUGAUGGUCUCCCAGGUCUUAAAGGUGAGCGCGGUGACCAUGGUGUUAUGGGUUUCACUGGUGAAGUAGGUGAUCGUGGUGAUGAAGGCGUUCCUGGAUAUCCAGGCAGACAUGGUGCCCCAGGUCCAAAAGGUGCUGUUGGUGUUAUCGGUCCCAUGGGUGCGCAGGGUGAAGUUGGUGAAAGAGGCGAGAUUGGUUUUGCUGGUUAUGAUGGACCCCGUGGUGAUCGCGGUGAGACCGGUAUGCCUGGUCCAUUUGGUCCCCAAGGUGAACAGGGUGAUGAAGGUAUGCCUGGUCGUCCUGGUGUGUUGUUGGUUGCUUAUGCCGAAGUAGGUCAAAAGGGUGAACCUGGCUUGAGAGGAGAAAUGGGUCCAAUGGGUGAACAAGGUAUUGACGGAGCCCCAGGUUACCCUGGUCGCAAGGGUGAAUAUGGUGAUAUUGGCUUAGCUGGUGUCCCUGGUGUUGAUGGAUAUGCUGGAGCUAAGGGUGAACGUGGUGAUAAGGGUUACCCCGGUGCCCCAGGUAUAACACCCGACUUUGCUGAACCUGGUGAUGAAGGUGAUACUGGUUAUGAUGGUCUUCCUGGCCGCCCUGGUCGCGUAGGACCCAAAGGUGCUCCAGGUGAUAUGGGCGAAUAUGGUAUGGACGGAGAAAUGGGUGAAAUGGGCAUAAGCAUCAUGGGUAUCAAGGGUGUCACUGGUGAUAUUGGUUAUCCUGGUCCCAUGGGACGUAACGGUUUACACGGUAUGGCUGGUUUGAAGGGUAUGAUGGGUGAGACUGGUCCCAGAGGUAUGCGUGGUGAUGCUGGUAUGGUUAUACCCGGUUUGCGUGGUGACAAAGGUGAUACUGGACCCCAAGGUGCACCUGGUUUUGAUGGCCGAAAAGGUGAACGCGGUAUGCCCGGUACCCCAGGUCGCACUGGACCCGUCGGUCCUCGUGGUCCUCGCGGCCCUGUCGGUGAUCCCGGUUGGAACGGAGGUGAUGGUUUAGAUGGUCUCAGAGGUGUUAAGGGUGAACCAGGUGUAACAUUCCCCUUCAAUAUGGCUCGUAAAGGCGAUCGUGGUGAACAUGGUUUGGAUGGUUUCAAAGGUGCAAUGGGUGAUAUGGGCGUUGAAGGUGAAAUGGGCUUCCAAGGUGCUCGCGGAGCAAAGGGCUACCAAGGUGAUCAAGGUCUGAUGGGUUUGGCUGGUGCAGAUGGUCCAAAAGGUGAACGUGGUAUGAUCGGUGCUCCUGGUUUAACAGGUCUACAAGGUAUUCGUGGUCCUAAGGGUUACACUGGUGAACCAGCUCCACCACCACCACGCGCCAAGAGUCGUGGCUUCAUAUUUACCCGUCAUUCACAAUCCGUUUAUGUGCCUAAAUGUCCAGCCAACACUCAAAAACUCUGGGAAGGUUAUUCGCUUGCCGGUAACAUCGGUAACAGUCGAACUGUUGGCCAAGAUUUAGGUAGAGCUGGUUCCUGUUUGAUGCGUUUCAGCAUGAUGCCCUACAUGAUGUGUGACAUUAACAACGUCUGCAAUUACGGUCAAACUAACGAUGACAGUUUAUGGCUUGGUACAGCCGAACCUAUGAAUGUCGCUAUGACACCCAUACAGCCUAAUGAAAUUCAGAAAUACAUCUCACGUUGCGUUGUGUGUGAGACCUCAACUCGUGUUAUUGCUAUGCACAGUCAAAGUAUGAGUAUACCCGAAUGUCCCGGAGGUUGGGAAGAAAUGUGGACCGGUUACAGUUACUACAUGACAACCACUGAUAACACUGGAGGCUUUGGCCAAAAUCUGGUUUCUCCCGGUUCCUGUUUGGAAGAAUUCCGUGCUCAACCCGUUAUCGAAUGUCACGGUCAGGGACGUUGCAAUUAUUUUGAUCCUGUAUUCUCAUUCUGGUUGGCGGUAAUUGAAGAACAAGAAAUGUGGUCAAUGCCCAGACAACAAACUUUGAAAAAGGAUCAAACAAGCAAAAUCAGCAGAUGUACUGUUUGUCGUCGCCGUAAUGAUUCUUAUAUUACACGUCAAGCCACCUUAGACUCAUCGGCCCGUGAAUUCAGACGUGGCCGUGAGCGUGUUGUUCCCGCCCCUCAGGCUGCCCCAGCACCAACAUCAUCACGUCGUACAAACCCCUACAACGGUAGACGAACUGCUCCACGCACUAAUGGCUAUGGGCGCGUCAAUCGCUACCGGUAUCCCAGAUCAGAUACCACUGCCCCCUAGAUUUUAGACAAAAUUCCAUUACAAAAAAUGUCUUAUUUUGCUCUACAUUUUUAAUCUAAGUAGCCGUAAAUUAAUCAAAAUCAAAAAAUCCCCAAACGUAAUUUUUUUUCCUUGUAAUUUUAAGUUGUAACGAAACAAAUCUGCCAUUAUUCUCUGAGUGUGCCAUCUUUUUUUUAUUAAAGCAUAUAAAUACAAAACUAAUAAAAAAAAAAAACAAAACUAUGAAAUAAAAACUUAAUUGCAUAA